AUGGCGACAACCAUCUUUCCCCCAGACAGAGCUGACCCGCAUGCCACCCACUCAAUUGGCAUGGGGGGCAUCGAGGACCUCAUGAACCGACCGGCUUCCAUGAGUCCAAAGCCUCGCAAAUCCCCUCAACUCCCGCCGGCGGAUCCAGAGAAGGACGCCUACCGUCACAUGUCUCACGACGAAUGGGUUCUCUUCUGCCGUGGUGUUGGCGUAUUCAAGGACGACGAAAGUGAAGAGGUCACUCGCCCUACCAGCACCUGGUGGCCACCACGAGGUUUUCGAGAUGGCUUAUACCAGGACGUUCUCCAUGAGCAGGCCAAGUACUCAUACUACUUCCAGUCGCUUACCGUUAUCCGCUGGACUUUGAUGGUAGUGCAGCUCGCCAUGAAUGCCACCAUGACAGCUCUCGGCUCUUUGGACCAAGACGGGACGAUUAUCACAAUCAUUGCAGCGAUCAAUACUAGCAUUUCUGGUGUACUUGCAUUGAUGCACAACGGCGGACUCCCCGAUCGGUACCGCUCCAAUAGGAACGAGUUCAAUAAGUUGGAGGAGCAUCUGAAGCUUAUUGUCGACACUGCCCUUGUCCCAAUCGACGACAGCGUCAAUGAUGUUCUGGCAGAUUGCUUCCACCGAUUCAGAGUUGCCCGACAGACUGUGCAAAACAACAUUCCAGCCACAUACACAACCCCCACGAACGGUCAGCAGACACCUCCCAAAGGCGGCCGCAACUCUCAACUGUCCGCGCCGCCAGCUUCGCCUUCGACCAAAUGA